AUGGGCAAAUCAAAGAAAUCAAAUACACCACCAGUAGAGGAGGUAGAGGAGUUGCCAGAGGAUGUGAAGAAGCAGUUGGAAAAUGCAUCGCCAGAUUUAUCCAUUGAGGAUAUUGAUGAGGACAAUGAAAGUGUCUCUAGAACAUCAGUGAUGGCCUCAUUCAUCAAGAAGCUUAGCUUUGGUGCUGAUCUAUCUGUGAUGCCUGUGCCAGCAAGCUUCAUUCUUCCAAAAUCAACAUUGUCCUAUUUCGCUGAGCACUAUUCCAAUCACUUUGAUAUAUUGCUACAAGCCAAUGAGAUUACAGAUCCAACAGAGAGAUUCUUGCAGGUCGCCAAGUAUAUGAUGACAACAUGUUUGUUGCCAGAGGAUCCAACUAGAAAGCCACUUAAUCCAGUGCUUGGUGAGACUUGGGAAGCAACCGUUCAUUAUGGUGCGACAGAGACAGAGAAUGGACAGGAUGACACGACCACCAGCAACAGCGGCGCCUAUUGCCACUUCUUUGCUGAGCAGAUCUCUCAUCAUCCACCAAUCUCCUGCACGAGUGUCUACAACAAAGAGGCAGGACUCUACGUGUCCUACUACUACCCAGUGCGCACCAACUUCAUGGGCACAUACGCCAAGCUGACGUUUGAGGGCAAGGUCUCAGUGCGUCUCGAGAAGUUCAACGAGGAGUACACGGCCGACUGCCCCAACAUGGCCAUUCGUAUAUUCAGAAGCUUCUCCGAGUUUGUCGGAAACACCAAGAUGACCGUGUCGUCGUCCAAGCUUCGCAUGAAGACCGUCUGGCACGCCAAGGCCCUGCUCUUUGGCAGCUACAACCAGAUAGAGUCCACAGUGUACAAUGGCAAGGAGAAGACACACAAGAUCAAGGGCGCAUGGGACCAGGAGCUCAAGAUCACAGAGUACAAGAAGGACGAUUAUAAGACAUUUAUGAACAGAUCAACGAUGAUCAAGGGCAAGAUGACUCUGCCAAAGGAGGUGCUGCCCACCGACUCGUCAAAGGUCUGGGGCACACUAUUUGACGCUUUCGAGAAGAAGGCACCAAUGAAGGAGAUCAGCAAGGAGAAGGUUAGAGUGGAGGAGGAGCAACGUAAGCUGGCCGCCAGUCGCAAGGCUUCCAAGACCAUAUGGAAGCCCGUCUGGUUCAAGCAAAAUGACGAAGGUGCUUGGGUCCAGAACAACUAUAAGUAG